AUGCCGCGAUUCUCUAACAAGGUCGCAAUCAUAACUGGUUCAUCAAAUGGAAUCGGAAGAGCAACUGCUAUUAUUCUGGCAAAAGACGGUGCAAAAGUAACAAUCACUGGACGAAAUGCUGAAAGGCUUGAAGAAACAAAACAACAACUUCUGGCUGCUGGAGUUAGUGCUGAUAAUAUAAAUUCAGUUGUUGCUGACGUCACAACUUCUGCUGGACAAAAUCAAAUAAUCAACUCAACUAUUCAAAAAUUCGGUCAACUCGACAUUCUCAUCAAUAAUGCGGGAGCAGCUUUUAACGAUCCAACUGGAGUCACCGGAAUUCGUCAAAACAUCGAACUUUUCGACAAAACAAUCAAUAUCAAUUUGAAAAGCGUCAUCAAAUUGACACAACUCGCAAGACCAUAUUUGGAGAAAACCCAGGGAGAUAUUGUUAAUGUCUCUAGUAUUGCCUCCGGACCACAAGCGGUAAGAGAAGAUUUUUAUUUAUAGCGUUAUAGAAACUUAAAUUUCAGUACGCCACCUUCUCCUACUACUCCAAUUGCAAAAGCGGCUUUGGGUCAAUUCAGCAGAAAUGCCGCUAUAGAGCUGAUAGAACACGGAAUUCGAGUAAAUUGCGUGAAUCCUGGGUCAGUUGAUACCGGAUUUAUGGGAGCAAUGGAUAUACCAGAUGCAGCCAAAAACAAAGUCUACGAUUUCAUGAUGACCGACAAGCAUUCUUUACCAGUUCGUAAAAUUGGUAAACCAGAAGAUAUUGGUCAUUUGAUCGCAUUUUUGGCCGACAAAACAGUUUCAUCUUAUAUUAUUGGUCAAACAAUCACAGCUGAUGGUGGAACAACUUUGAUAAAUGCUAUGAAUAGUCAUGAUUUCUUCGAAAUGUUGCAAAAAUAA